CCUAACCCCAGUCAGAUUUUUAACCCUUGUUAAGACAACUUUGUAUAGCUUUCUUGACCAGACCCCAGUUUUUGGUUUAUUUAUUUAAAGACUCAUAUUGGUGUUAGCCCAGCUGCGCUGUGAACUGGUUUUUAUUUCUUUCUGAUCUUCUCCUCUUCUCUCUCUCCAUUUUUUCCCCACUCCCAAAAGCUUCUUUUUUUUCUGAUUUGUCUUUCCCAUUUUCCUCACUUUUUCUUGUUGUAGAUGAACAGUCCUAGACCAAAUUAGAGUGUAGAGUUCUUGAAGUGAUUGAAUAAUUAUGUAGAGAAGAAAAAGAAGGGAAAGAAAGAAAGAAACAGAGGGGGAAGAAAGAAAGUGUGUGGCUUUGAAAUUUGAAAUGAUUACUUCUCCACUGAAGUGUGUUGUUGUUUGGUUUAUUAGGCUUCAGAUAGUGGUGGGUUAGCCUAACUUUGGUACUACUACUCAUUGUUUCUUUUCUUGGGGAUUUGAUUACUCACUUUAUAUUAUUUUUACUUCCUUUUUAAUGGGUUCAGAUGUAGAGGAAGUUGUUUUAAUAAAGGAGAAAGAUGGAGUAUCCAAGAAAGCUAAUUCUAACUUGUAUGUUCAGUCAUUUUUCUGCAUACAAAACUGUGCAAACUGGGCUUCUUACUGUGAUGAAGAUGCUUAUUUUGGUUCCCUGCCUUCUUGCAAGUAGUGAGUGAGUGAGUUAAUUGAGUGAGUGAGAUCAAAAGGGAAAAAAAAAAAAAACUUGCUCUUGUAACCACUGACAAAAACAAAUUUUGUACACUUAACAAAAGGUGAAAAAAAAAAGACCUAGUAAAGUUGCUGAAGAAGGUGGACUACUGAUCUGGAAAAAAAAAAAAAAAUUGGAUCUUCUGCUUGUUUUAGAUUUCCACUUACUUCUCUACAAAGUCCUAGGUACUGCUUUAACUUUGCUGUUAGUUGAGCUUCCCAUUGUUUCAUCAAUCAUCAAGUCAUGAAGAGAUCACUGGGCAGCUCUGAUUCCUUGAGCGCUUUGAUGACAAUCUGUCCAUCUUCUACAGAUGACCAAAAUCAAGGGACCAAUCAAGUUUACCCAACGGAAUUCCAAUCCAUGUUGGAUGGUUUGGAUGAGGAAGGCUGUGUGGAAGAAUCUGGCCAUAUCCCUGAGAAGAAAAGGAGACUUAGUGUGGAACAAGUGAAGGCAUUGGAGAAAAAUUUCGAAGUUGAGAACAAACUUGAGCCUGAAAGGAAAGUGAAACUUGCUCAAGAACUUGGGUUACAGCCUAGACAAGUUGCUGUUUGGUUCCAAAAUCGACGUGCAAGAUGGAAAACAAAGCAAUUGGAGAGAGACUACGGUGUCCUGAAAGCCAAUUAUGAUGCACUCAAGAACAAAUUCGAUAAUCUUCAGCAUGACAAUGAAGCCCUUCAGAAAGAGAUUCGUGAACUGAAAGUGAAGUUACAAGGUGAUGACUACAUUACAGAAAGCAAAGCCUCAGUGAAAGACGAGGCAAUUGUGUCCGAAACCGAAAGUGAUCAGGACGACAAGGCAAAAUCGCCAUUAAUGAAUGUUGUUCUAGCUGAAUGUGAAGACGAUGAUAAUAAUGAUGCUACGGAUCAGCUCAACUUUGAAAGCUUCAACAGCAGUAAUGGAGUAACGGGUGCCUCUUUACUCUUCACUGAUUUCAAAGACGGAUCAUCUGACAGUGAUUCCAGUGCAAUCUUGAAUGAGGACAGCCCGAAUGCUGCAAUGUCUUCUUCCUCUGGUUUGGGAAUCCUUCAAACUCCUCAUCAAUUCAUGAUGAUCUCAAACGGUGGUUCAACGUCGCCGCCACCACCCCCGCCGCAACCAACCACCACGGCUGUUGCCGGAUUCCAAUUCUCCGACACAAAAGCAGUCAUACUUGGGGAAGCCCACAAAGCAGGUUACCAACCACAGUUUGUUAAGAUUGAGGAGCAUAACUUUUUCAGUGGUGACGAAUCAUGCAGUACUUUCUUCUCUGAUGAUCAACCUCCAACUCUGCAAUGGUACAACGAGUGGAAUUGAAUCAACAAAAAAAAAAAACCAACCGAGCCGUGAUUAGGAAAAACGAAAUAAUCUGAAGGGAAAAAAAGAAAAAGAGAAAAAGGGCUUCAAUUCAAGUCAAGGAGGAAGAAUAUGAAAUUCUGAAAUCAUGUCACCAACCCAAGAAGCCAUUUUUACCACCCCACAUGAACAAAUUAAUGCCUGAUCUACCCCAAGAAGAAGAACCAGCAAGCGAGCAAGAACGAAAAAAAGUUUUGUAUAGUGGUUAAUUUUAAUUUCAUUACUAAGUGGAAUCAUGAUCAUCAUCAAUCAUCAAUCAUCAUCAAUCUUUGUAAUUAUGUACAAUGGUCGAAUCUCCUCUUCAAGUCAGCAUCAUCUCCCAUCUUUUGCAUUGUGUACAAAAAUGGAGUAAAAGCUAUAAAAUCAACGAAAAUGAGACAGAAAAAAAGGGGGUCACACAUUGCAGAAAGAAGAGUGAUGAGUGAUGACAGAUGGGGUAAGAGAGUUCACGUGGGGUGACAGAGAAAGGAAGCGUGUGGGUUUGGGUAAAAAAAAAAAAACAGAGAGAGAGAAAGAUAAAAAAAGUUGCCUUUGUUGGGGGAAUGAUUAGGUAAUGGUUAAAUUUUUGACGAUCAGCUUUCAAUAUUUUCUUUGCUUUUGGUGGUAUGAUUAAUGAUGAGGAAGAAGAUGGAUUAGAAAAAGGGCUUCAAGUUUCAAUUAUCCAAUUAGAAGAUUAGGGAAAGUUUAUGUAAUUCAAUGAUGGGAUAGAAAAGUAAUGGAAUUGCACCAAGCCAGCCAAUGGGUCAAUUUGGCGUUUCUUUUGCUUGUUUUUGCAUGGGAGCCAUGAAAAGAUGAGUCUCAUCAACUUAUACCCUCUAAAUUUCAAAUAGAAUUUUUUUACCUUAAAAGGGCAUUAAGUUUUACGGCCUUCAUUUGUCCUCCCUUUUUUUUCUUUUCAUUUUGUAAAGCCGUUUUUAGUAGUUGUCGAGAAGUGAAGGGGAGAUGGAGUUUGACCAAAUGUAAAGAUUUUUCUUUUGGUGAGGGCUUCUAAAAGAGUGGGUGAGUAUUAGUGAUUCGUGUUGCUUUUGUAAUUUUGUUAAAAUUUUACAAUACAAUUGGUAAAGUCAGGAUCGGACAAAUUUAAAUUAGUCGGUUUUGCACUUGUCAUUUUUAUUAUCAGUGUAUGUUUUCCCACACUAUUUA